CAACACCAGCGGCACCAGCAAGAAUUCCAGAACCAAGGGGCAGUGGACAGCGCCCGCGGACAUGCAUACAGCAAAGCGAGAAAAGACGUCCACACAGCGCCUUCACAGACUUAAACUCAUAUAGUGUGUGUGCGUGUGUGUGCAGUGGUUACUAGUCACACAGCAGACAGGGGUGGUGAGCGAGACGUUAAUAAUGCACCCUAUGGACAGCUCGAGUUGACUCGGUGCAGCACAGCUGGUUUCUUCCACGGGCACAGAAGUAAGGUUAUACAAAGGAAGUAACGGGGUUCUACCUAGCUUAGCCAGAUUCGGAGCAGGUAUCAUCGUGUAUAACAUUGUUCGCGCUGAUGUAAAAACAAACACGCACUGACUCUAUGCAUGACAUGAUCUUUUCUUGUGUUAUUGAAUGAAGAUGCACCUAACAUAUAUCGAUGGACUGUAUGGGAACCGCCAUGAAACUCACUCUGACAUUCUGCGUUCUCCUCCUAACUUUAAUAAAAAGAAGCAGCUCAGCAGAUGCAGAGGAGAGGCUGAUGAACAACCUGCUCUCCCAGAAACGAUACAACAAGCUGAUCCGGCCAGCUAUUAACAACACACAGCGGGUCUCCAUUCAGCUCCAGGUCUCCCUCGCGCAGCUCAUCAGUGUGAAUGAAAGAGAGCAGAUCAUGACCACAAAUGUCUGGCUUACUCAGGAGUGGGAUGAUUAUCGUCUGAGUUGGGACCCUUCAGAGUAUGAUGGGAUUGACAAAUUAAGGAUACCUCCUCGACACAUAUGGCUCCCUGAUAUAGUGCUCUACAACAAUGCGGACGGCACAUACGAGGUGUCCCUCUUCACGAAUGCAGUGGUCCAGUUCAAUGGCAGUAUUUUCUGGCUCCCUCCUGCCAUUUACAAGAGCGCCUGCAAGAUUGAGGUCAAACACUUCCCGUUUGACCAGCAAAACUGCACCCUCAAGUUCCGCUCUUGGACUUACGACCACACAGAGAUUGACCUAGUGCUGAAGAAUGAGGUGGCCAGCAUGGAUGACUUCACCCCAAGUGGGGAGUGGGACAUCGUGGCACUUCCUGGACGGAGAAUCGUCAAUCCUCUGGAUCCUACCUAUGUAGACGUCACCUAUGACUUCAUUAUUAAGAGGAAGCCUUUGUUUUACACCAUCAACCUUAUCAUCCCUUGUGUGCUCAUCACCUCCUUGGCCAUCCUAGUCUUCUACCUCCCCUCAGACUGUGGCGAGAAGAUGACCCUGUGCAUCUCAGUCCUUCUGGCCCUCACUGUCUUCCUCCUUCUGAUUUCUAAGAUUGUACCACCCACUUCCUUGGAUGUCCCCUUGAUCGGGAAAUACUUGAUGUUCGCAAUGGUCUUGGUGACCUUCUCCAUUAUCACCAGUGUUUGUGUCCUCAAUGUCCAUCACCGCUCCCCCAGCACCCACACCAUGCCAUCCUGGGUCAAAGUAGUCUUUAUGGUGAAGCUGCCUGCCCUCCUAUUCAUGAAGCGCCCCCAGAACAGCUCAGCCAGACAGAGGCUUCGUCAGCAACAGAUGAAGCUUCGCAAGGCUGCACUGGCCGCCCCCCCUCACAUUGACUUCACUUCCAUCUGUUCCUCCUCUUCUGGACACUUCUACAAAAAUGCCACUUACUUUGUCAACCCUGCCAGGAAAGCAGAUAUGCCAGAUAGCUUUUCAAGCCAGCAGGACUUCCGUCAACGCGGUUCAGCACGCUACGGUCCUGAAGUCCUGGAGGCUGUCGAAGGGGUCCGGUUUGUUGCUGAUCAUAUGAGGGGAGAUGAUGAUGACCAAAGUGUGAUUGAAGACUGGAAAUAUGUGGCAAUGGUGGUGGAUCGGAUGUUUCUGUGGAUCUUUGUCUUUGUCUGUGUGGUGGGAACUCUUGGACUUUUCCUCCAACCUCUCUUUCAGAAUCACACUGUGACGAUCAGCCACCCUUAAACUUCAACUGCAAAAAAAUAAACAAAAAACAACUGACAGCCCUCUUUAUAUACAAAGUGCUUUCAAUGACAACCAUUCUGGUAAUAGCCCAUAUUUAAUAGCUAUGGGUAGUUGGCUGUGGUGUUCUGGUCAGAAGCAAUGCUAUUGGUGCAUAAGCAAAAGUUAUCCUUAAUAUUAUUACUUUACACUGAAAUAACAUGUUAUCAUAUGAAUGUAUAUGUAAAAUGCCAAGGAAGUAUAUACUGUACAUCUCUCUGGUAAUGAAUGAUCUGUUUGAAAACUUAAAUCCAUGUACCAAAUACCUUUCUGAAAUGGCCUUUAUUAGUACACUGAGAAUAAGAAAGAGCAGCCCAGCAUUUAAAUGUUGAAAUUAGCUACAUCAUUUGGGCCCUGCUCAUUGUCAACAUGUCGUAUUUACCAGGAUAAAAUAAUGCAAAUAGAAAACCAUUUAUUAUUUGCUUUAUUUUAACAUUUUAAUAAAAAAGCAUUUUGUGUGAUCAGGUUUAUGAAGCCAUUUUACAUCUAUUGAAGGCUUGGUUUCAAGUAGCCUUAUUGGGAAAAUGGUAUAGACCUGCAUUUAACAUGUUUCAAAUAGGCUAUACAAAUACAGUAAAACCCUGAUAAUCCAAACCCUGAUUAUCCAGACACCUUUAUUAUCCAAACAGCCCUUUGGUAACCUGGCUUGUUGUGUGCUGUGCUCUUCUGCCCUGCUGUUAAAGAAAGAGCACUAUUCAGCCCUCAGUCUUUGGCAGCAGAGCGUAAUGGGAUUGAUUAAUCUCGUUUUAGGUAAUGGGAUUGAUUAAUCUCGUUUUAGGAGCUUUCUUGAUUUGGUCGUAUAAACAAGGGCACAGUUGCAAUGUGAUUACCCAAACACGCCCUGGUCCUAAUUAGUUUGUAUAAUGUUACUGUGCCGUUGUUUGGAGGGGCUGUGAGUGAGGCUGUAACUGCAUUGGGAUGGUUCCCAUAGUUUGGUGUGGUACAAAGGGGAGUCUUAAAGGAAUCUUGCUGUUUUGGAGCAGCAGUAGCACAUUCAUUCCAAUUUAUAUUGCAAGAUCUCAUUUGAUGUUGAUCAAUUGGGUAGCUUUAUUUUUACAGUUCAAUGUUGAGAUACACUUUCUUGUUAUCCAUGUGUACAAAUAAAGGUUGUGCAAAUUUCAUUUAUUAUGCUUUCAUAGCAACACCACUGUUUUUAUUUAACAUACAACAACCAUCAUAGUUGGUGUAAUACCUACUAUAAGGCUGUUUUACUCAAACAACAGAUGUCAGGCUGGUGCACAAGACAACAUACUUUGUAACAAUGAAUGGAGUCUAUAACAGAUUAAAGAACUACUGUUGUUGUAAUAUAAAAACGGGAAUUCAAUAUUUGCCCACAGCUGUAGAUGCCACUUCUCUAUGGUCAAAUGAAAAAUGGUCUGAAGAACACUAACAAUACCUCAGGCUUCUUUAUGUAUUAUUACAUUGUGGUUUGAGGUGUGUCACUACAUCAUGGAAACUUCCUAGCUCAGUAUCUCGAUAGCAGUAAUAGGAUUUCAGCUCUUGAGUUGGUGUGGAUUUUGCAGCAGCAGUAAAAGGCUCC